ACGAUCGGCGCUUGUCAAAGGAGACGUUUGAUAGUCGGUAGUCGGUAGUUCGUAGUCGUUGGGGUUUUGAGCUUCCGAUAUUUGUGUGCAGUCAGAUGAUGGACGUAUCGCGUAUCGUAACAACGCGUAGCUGUUGCGUUGAGCGUAUAACCGUUACCGUUAACCGUUACCGCUACCGUUACCGUUAACCGCUAACCGCUCAUCGCUGUAUUCUAAUUCCAAUCCGUCAACGCAGCUGCGCAGCUGCCGCGAGCAGUGGCUCUGGGCAGAGACGUGAGCUUCAAGCAUUUUUUCAAUUUACAAAAAAGAAAAAUACAAAUCAACAUACACACCCACACACCUACACACACACACACACACACAGAUAGAGCGCAAGCACAACAAAAGUGUCAAAGCGCCGUCUGCAACGCUUCAAUUUCGAUUCAAUGCGCGCCGUGUAACGGUAACCGUCCUGUUUGUCUCUUCCUCAAUUCGUCGCGAUCAACGGUUACAGUUUUUUUCCUUUUCGUCUAAACUAGCGGUAAAAAGCAGCGCGCCAAAAAGCAAAACGUAAAUUUUGUCAAAAAAAAAAUAGAAGAAAAGUGAAUAAAUUUUUAUUUUAUUUUUUUCUGUUGGAUUUUUAAAAGUCCUAAGGAAGCGACAGGAGGAGCAUGUCGCCAAACCGUUGGAUACUUUUGCUCAUCUUCUAUAUAUCAUAUCUGUUAUUUGGUGCCGCUAUCUAUUAUCAUAUCGAGCAUGGCGAGGAGAAGGAGGCACGUGCCGAGGAGCUAAAGGAGCGUAUUGAGAUCCAUGAUUAUCUACUGGAACAGUUGUCGGAUAAGAAUGAGACAACGCAGGAUGAAAUUUUGGAGAGGAUCACAGACUAUUGCGGUAAACCGGUUACGGAUUACACAAAGGAUGAAUAUGAAAUUCCGUAUACGUGGACCUUUUACCACGCCUUCUUCUUUGCCUUCACCGUGUGCUCCACGGUGGGAUAUGGAAAUAUAUCGCCAACAACAUUUGCGGGUCGCAUGGUGAUGAUUGUCUACUCAGUGAUCGGCAUACCCGUCAAUGGUAUACUCUUUGCCGGCUUGGGAGAGUAUUUUGGAAAAACGUUCGAGGCGAUCUACAGGCGCUAUAAGAAGUACAAAAUGUCCUCGGACGAUCAUUAUGUGCCGCCUCAGCUGGGCCUGAUAACGACAGUGGUGAUAGCGCUUAUACCAGGUAUAGCCCUGUUUCUGCUGCUUCCCGCCUGGGUGUUUACAUACUUUGAGAACUGGCCGUAUUCCAUAUCCCUGUACUACAGCUAUGUAACGACAUCGACAAUUGGUUUCGGUGAUUAUGUGCCCACCUUUGGUGCCAAUCAGCCUCGUGAAUUUGGUGGCUGGUUUGUGGUAUAUCAAAUUUUUGUCAUUGUCUGGUUUAUAUUCUCCCUGGGUUAUCUGGUCAUGAUAAUGACAUUUAUCACACGUGGACUGCAGAGCAAGAAAUUGGCACAUCUGGAACAGCAGCUAUCCUCGAAUUUGAAGGCAACACAGAAUCGCAUCUGGACGGGAGUUACCAAAGAUGUUGGCUAUCUGAGGCGUCUGCUCAACGAGCUCUAUAUACUCAAAGUGAAGCCCGUGUACAGCGACACGGAGUUUGCCUACAAUCUGCCCCGCUCCGCGUCCUGCCCCGAACUGAGCAUGUACCGGGUCGAGCCGGCUCCGAUACCCAGCAGGAAACGGGCGUACUCCGUGUGUGCGGAGUUGGCAUCGGGUCAGUCAGGUGGCCUGGUGCACGCCAAUUCCGACACGGAGCUGAGCAAAUUCGAUCGCGAGAAGACCUUCGAGACGGCGGAGGCGUACCGCCAGACGACGGAUCUGCUGGCCAAGGUGGUGACGGCUCUGGCAACGGUACAGCCGCCGCCGCCGCCGGAGGCUGAUGAUGCGCCGCUGUACGGCGGCUAUCAUGGCUUCUCCGACUCCCAGAUCCUGGCCAGCGAAUGGUCCUUCUCCACGCUGAACGAGUUCUCGACGCCACGUCGUCCCCGUGGACGCGCCUGUUCCGACUUUAACAUUGAGCCACCGCGUCGUCCGUUGCACCGGGCACCGCACAACCACAACGAAUGGACCUGGAGCGGGGAUAAUCAGCAGAUCCAGGAGGCCUUCAGGAAUCGCUACAAGGGACAGUUGAAUGGCGCCGCCAGUGACUCGUAUGUGGUGCAUCUGGAGCCCGAUCAUCUGGAGGAGCAGCUGAAGAAGAGCAGUACCAGCGUGGCGAACGGUCGUGUCAAGAAAUUCUCCAUGCCCGAUGGUCUGCGCAACGCAAGCCGCACGUGGUCCGCCGGCUGGAGCGGCGACCUUCCAGCAUCCACGGGGCCGUACCAGCGCCGUUCCGCAGCAGCCGCAGCAGCCGUGGCAGCCGGCAAGCGGCGACGCGAAUCCAUCUACACACAGAAUCCCGCGCUGGCUGCCCGACGUGGCAGCAUGUAUCCACCGACGGCAGCCGCCCAGCUGGCCCAGAUGCAGCGACGCGGCUCCGGAUCCGCGGCAAUGGCCGCUGUCGCCGCACGCCGGGGCAGCCUGUUUCCGGCGACAAGCAUGGGCGGCGUGGGUGCGACGCCCAGACGCUCGAGCAUCUUCUCGGUGACCUCCGACAAGGACAUGGAUGUGCUGGAGCAGACCACCAUUGCGGAUCUCAUACGGGCCCUCGAGGUGGUACACACGCAUGCGGUGCUGGACGAGCAGCAGCAGCUGGUGGUGGGCAAUACCAAGCUCAGCAAGAAGCAACGCAAGAUGGGCAACGCCGGACUCGAUCCGCCGCAGCUGCCACCGAUCCUCUCGCUCUUUGCCGGCGAUCAGACGCGCUCGCUGCAGGCAACGGCCGCGAAUCGUCUGUACGCGCGACGCUCCACGAUUGUGGGCACCAUGUCGCCGAUGAGCAGCAGCAGCUCACGACGUCCCUCCGGCGUACAGAUGAUGGAGCCACCGCCUAGCUAUACGGAAAAGCCGCUGGUUGGCGUUGCGUCCACAUCGACACCGACCGUCGGACAGUCCAAGUUCCGGCGUCGCUUCAGUGUGCGUCCGACGGCACUGCAGAUACCGCCUGGCCAGGCACCGCCGCCCGGCGUCAGUCUCAGCGAUGAGCCCAGUCCAGCGCCAUUGGUGCAGUCCAGCGCCUCCCAGACGGCUCUGCAGCGUCGCCUCUCGCUGCGUCCCUCGCCACUCGCCCGCGAGCUGUCGCCCACCUCGCCGACGGGCGCAUCCGGCCCUUUGGCAUCCGGCCCGGAUGAGGCGGCUCCCUCGGCGGCCCGACUGCUGCCCACGUCCUCCAUCAGCAGGCCGAGCACGAGCAGCACACACUCGCCGCUCUCGAGGAUUGUGCAAAUCUCGCAGGCGCAGCGCAAGAGCAGCAUGCCCGAAGGAUUCCCUGGUGCCGGAGCACGCAAGCCAAGCGGAAAUGCAUCCGGAAGCGGAAGCGGUAGUGCCGGCAACGAUAAGUGA